AACCAGAGAGGGAGGUGCGCUUGUUCUGAGAUAAAUAGUAGAAGAGAAAACAGAGGAAGAGAAAAGAGACCAAGCAAGACUGGACCAUUCACUGACAACAGAAUUUAAAAACACAGUAUAAUCCUAGUAUGGCAGAUGCCAGCUUUGCAGGAGAGUUCCUGAAGGCUCACAAUAAAUACCGUAAGCAGCAUGGAGCACCACCUCUUACACUGGAUCCCAAUCUAAAUUGUUCUGCUCAGGCAUGGGCUGAGAACCUGCUGUCGAUCAGAGCCCUAAAACAUAGCGAUACCAACCUUGGAGAGAACCUGUACUAUACAUACAGCUCAUCACCCAAAAAAGUUACAGGGCAUAUAGCGGUGGACAGCUGGUACAAUGAAAUUAAGAACUAUGACUUCAAUAGACCAGGAUUCAGCUCUGAAACAGGCCACUUCACACAGGUGGUAUGGAAGGACUCUAAGGAGCUGGGUGUCGGGGUGGCCACAGAUGGGACUACAACCUUUGUGGUGGGCCACUACUCACCAGCAGGCAAUAUCAGCAACGCUGGCUACUUUGAGAAAAAUGUCCUACCACUGGAAUGAAGAUAAUCCAGCAGUGGUGAAGAAGAAUUUUAGUUAAAUUUAGUUUGAUCACUAUCUCUGAAAAAGGUGAACCACAUAUAACCUAUGUGCAAUAAUUAUUAGAUAAAUAAUUAAGACAAAAUAAACAGUCAUGGGCAACUUGUUUUUUCUUAGCAUGAUUUUCUCAGAAAAUAUUAAUUUUCUUAAUUCUUCAUGUAAUCUUAAAAAGAUAUUUAGCAAACAACAUCUACAUGUUACACUGCUAGAUUUGUAUUAAUCAAAUUGUUAUGAAUAAUGAAAGUCUCUGGUGGGAAAAGUGUGCAAACCUGAAGACGAGACAUUCACAUAACAGAACUCUUUUCACCUGCAGUAUGAACGAAGAAAAUGAGACAUCAGCGAACCUCUGUUUAAAGGUUUAUAAGAUGGAACAGGAUCACAAAAGAAAUGUCUUUGUCUUCUAUAAGUCUACAAUCUUGCAGCUUUAUUAUUUUCCCUGAAGUGUGCAUCCAAUAGACAUUCUAUAUAGAAUAACAAAUGACCAUUAUGGGGAACAAUGAUGGUCAUGAUAUGACAACAGAACCUCAGAGUAUCAGCCAAAAAUCUGCAGGUUCUUUCACUUCUGAGCUCAUAAGUGCAUCAUAAGAAUAAACAUGGAAAAAACUACUGGUGUAUGUGGAAGGUAGAAAGGUUGUAGAAGGAAGAAAAAAUGCAGAUCUCAAAAAAGAUGAUAAUUAUUAACUCUCAAUGAGUUAUUAAUCCUGGUAAACAUACACAAUACUAUUUUUCUUGAAAAUAAAACAUUGCAU